AUGUUUGUGAUUGCUCUUGUACUACUCGGACAUGCCACAGCACGGACUGUGCCGAGUGCGACUACUAGUGUCAAAAAUCAAGAGCAAACUAACACGGUGACCGUGCCUAAUGCCCUUGCAGCUAAAGGGAAGGGGGUGAAGGACAAAAAGUGCGGCGUUGUCUUCGCCGGAGUUGGUGGCGCUGCCGGCGUUGGCGGUGUUGGAGUUGUUCCGCUCGGUGGAGUGGGUGGGCUUGGCGGGCUUGGUGGUGGUGCAGGCGGGCUUGGAGGACUUGGUGGUGGGAGUGGGCUCGGAGGACUUGGCGGGCUAGGUGGUGGGAGUGGGCUUGGUGGGCUAGGUGGUGGGAGUGGGCUUGGAGGGCUUGGUGGGCUAGGUGGUGGGAGUGGGCUUGGGGGAGUAGGCGGUGUCGGUGGCACUGGAGGCGGCGUGGGCGGAGUUGGUGGUGGUGGUGUGGGCGGAGUUGCUGGAGGAGUUUUGCCCUAG